AUGGCUUAUGCCGGCGGGCUCGGCGAGCAGCAGGAGCAGCAGCAGCAGCAGCAGCAGCAGCAGCAGCAGCGGGGCCAGGAGGACCCGUACGACUCGGCGGCGGUGCGGGCCCGCACCCAUGCGUGGGAGGGGCUGCUGCAGCGGCUGCAGGAUGCGGGCGGCCAAGAUGGGGAGCUGACAGAGCUCGUGUACCUGAAGCACGCGGCCCCAGCCGCGUUGCCCUUCAACCCGUUUGACCUGGAGGUCGCCACACACAGCGAGCUGGCCCAGCUGGCGAUGUUCAUUACGCUCAGCGCGACGGGCGUGACGCGAGCCACGGCGCGGCCAGGGGCGCCGCCGGCGACAGAGUUCCUCACGUUGGCCCAGUUCAGGCGCGAGGCGCGGCUCCAUGGGCGGCUGAUGCAGCUCCACGUCUUCAGGCGGUUCCGCGAGUGGAAGUCGUUCGCCAUCUGGCGGCGCAGCGUGCACCAGCGCAAAUUGGCAAGCAGCAGCGGCAGCCUCUGCGCGGGCCUGUUUGUACUCCACCCGCACCUGCGCCAGGCGCUCGUGCACGUCAGGGAGGCCUGCCUGGAGGUGGAAGCAAUCCGCCUGCACCGGUUGGAGCCGGCGGCGCCCAUGUCACUCGACGAACUAGUGGAGCUGCACGGCGCAGCAGCCGAGGGGGCAGUUGCAAAGCUUGAGCAGGUGUCGUCGCGGGCGCUAGCAGUAGUGCAGGCCGCAUGCGAGGCGGACCUACAGGCGAUGGAGGCUCAGAUGGCAGCUGCGCCCUCGAAAUCGGCGGCGGGGCUUGCCGGGCCCGGCGGCCAGCAGCAGGCAGCGUCUGCGGUCGCUCCUGCUGCCGCUGCCGCGUUGAGGCGGGCGUCGACAGGGGAUUGCUGCGCUGUAGGCGAGGACAGCGCCGCCGUGUCGUACGCCGUGCAGGCAGCUAGGCGGAGCGAGAAGCGGAGGAUUGCAGGUUUUGUGCGGCUGCUGGACUUCCACAUCGCCGAGGCCCUCAGACGCAUGGUGUUGGGCAGCCUGGCUGACAUGCUGCACGCACUGAUGCAGGCAGCACCCAAGGAGGAGCUUAAGGGGCUCUUUGGCAACCACCUGUACAGCAGCAGCAGCUGCAGCCUCGUCCCUGGCAGUGGCAAACCUGUCCCUGCAGUCACAGCGUCAGCAGCUGGGAGGCAGCAUGCACACCUCACCAGCGCGCUUCGUGAGCCGUCGCAGCAGGAGGAAACUCAGCAGCAGCCAGGCCGGGGUGUGGUGCUGCCGGUGCUGCGCCUCCAGCUGCUGCUGCACGAGGCAUCCGGCAUCCAGCAACGGGACGCGCUGGUGUUUGAGCCCGCAAUCCAUGCGUUUGCAGACGCCCUGGUCAGCGCGCAGAAGCGCAUGCUGGUGGUGGCGCGGCGCGUGCCUCGGCUGCUGCUAGCGCCGCAGCUUCAGGCCGUCAUGGAGGCACCCCCAGGAGGCCUCGCCACCGACCCAGAGGGCCCGCUGCCGGCCAUGCUAGAGUCCGAUGCAACUGCCCUGAGGGAGCUGCUGGCACGUGCAGUGGCUUCCGCCGCCAAGGUGGGGCAGCGGCACGCGGGCAGCAUGGCGCACCUGGCGGCCAUCGUCGGCGCAAACAGGGGCGUCUCGCGUCACGGCUUGGCUUGUGAGGUUGCGGAGGGCCGCAAGGGCCUUGAGGACCUCAGGAGGGAUCUGAAGACCUAUGCCGCGCAGCUGGAGGAGAUUCGACGCCUGCCACCAGUCAGGCAUCUGGGCAUCCUGCAGGUCCACCAGGCCCGCCUGGCCGCCGCCCUGGAGCCCUCCCCCCAGCGCUGCAUCUCCGAGGUGCACUCCCCGCUGCCGGACCUCGCGCGCGCCGCCUGCCGCGCGUUUGUCGCCGACGUCCGGUCGCUCGCCGACGCGGUAGCACGGCCUCCCGGCAGCGCGGAGGAGUUCGUGGCGCACCUCGAGCUCGUGAGGCGGGUGGAGGCGCGGAGGCAGGAGCUGGACAGGCGGCACGAUGAUGUGGUGGCCCAUUACGAGCUCAUGUCAGAGUUUGGGGUUCAGCUGGCGCAGGAGGACAGGGAGGCGGCGGCGGGAUUGGACGGGGAGUUGUGGGCGCUGCGUGACGCCGUGUGGGCGGCGGAGGCCGCCAAGGAGCGGCUGGCGGAGCGCUUCAGGAGGGAGCUGGUUGAGUCCGAGGCUGCCCUGAUGCAGGCGGUCGCGGUCGUCAAGGCGGAGACCAGCAGCGAGGCUCUGCUAUCCGAAAGCCAAGACGCACCUUGCAUGGAGGACGUGACCGCCGACCUGCUGCGCCGCGUCCAGGCGCAGCAGGAGGCGGCCGCACGCAUCAGCGAGCUGCAGGCGCUAUGCGGCGGCGACCCGCCCGCAUGGGAGGCCCUCGGGGAGGUGGCCGCGGAGGUGGAGUUGAAGGCGGCGCUGUGGCGCGGGCUGCGCGAGUGGAACGAGGCGUCGCACGCGUGGGUGGAGCAGAGGCUGUUCGCCCUGGACGUUCCAGGCAUAGAGGAGCAGGUCGAGCGCGCCCACAGCCUCUGCCGCCGCCUGGAGGCCGGCCUGCCGCCCAACCCCGUCGCCGCGGCGCUCCGCGCCGGCGUCUCGAAUUGGCAGCUUGCGCUGCCAGCGGUGACCGCGCUGCGCAACGCCGAUCUCCGGGAGCGCCACUGGGGCGCCAUCGGGGAGCUGUUGGGGGCCGGGCUCGAGAAGAGGGAGGAGAAGGCGCUCUCAGACGUCCUGGCGAUCGGGGCGGUGGACCACAGGGAGCAGCUGGUGCAGAUCAGCUACGAGGCCAGCCAGGAGGCGGCGCUGGAGGGGCUGCUCGACAGGGUGGCGGGCAAGUGGCGCGGCGUCGAGUUUGGCGUGCGUGCCUACCGCGAUGCGAAGGACACCUGGCUGCUGGCCGGCACCGACGACGUCAGCCAGCUGCUGGAGGACUCCCUCAUUGCACUGGCCGCCAUCGCCGCCAGCAGAUACGUCGGGGGCGUCAGGGCCGACGUCGACCGUCUUGACCGCCAGCUGCGCCUGCUGCGCUCGACGCUGGAGGCGUGGCUGGACGUUCAGCGCGGCUGGCUGGCGCUGGAGCCGGUGUUCGCGGCGCCGGACAUACAGCGACAGCUGCCCGCCGAGGCGCGCGCCUUCGCGCAGGUCAGUUGGCUGGAGGCCCUGGCCAAGUGUGGCGCCACCCUUGAGGAGGUGAACAAGGCGCUGGAGGACUACCUUGAGGCCAAGAGGACGGCGUUCCCCAGGCUCUAUUUCCUGUCCAACGAGGAGCUUCUGGACAUUCUGGCGCAGGCGAAGAACCCAGCAGCAGUGCAACCACACAUCAACAAGUGCUUUGAGGGCGUCCGCGCCCUCGACUUUGCGUCCGGCGCCUCCCCAGAGGCCGCCGCGCCGCCCCAGGCGCCGGCAGCCGCGCUGGGGCCGGGGGCGGGGGCGGCCACAGCUGCGGUGCAUGGCGUGCGGCCGGCGCCGGAGGUGGUGGGGCUGCUGAGCCCUGAAGGGGAGCGCCUGGCCUUUGGGAAGGCCGUCAAGGCCAGGGGCCUGGUGGAGAGCUGGCUGGGCGCCGUGGAGGGCGGCAUGCGCUUGGCGCUCAAGGCCGAGGCGCGCCGCUGCGUGCGCGAAUACGCCCAGCUGCCAGGGAUGGCGAUUGUGGGCGAAGCCUCCCUCGGCCCGGAGGUGUCCUCUGGCCUCGCCAGUGGCUGGGUAGGAGGCACUGUCAGCGAGCCUGGGGUCCGCAGCGGCGGCGGCGGCGGCGGCAUGAGCGCAGCGGGCGGCCAGGCUCGGCAGGGCCGCGAAGAGCUGCAGGCUGGUGGAUGGGGGCUGAUGUCGCGCGGCCAGUGGGCGCUGCACCAGCCGGCUCAGCUGGCAAUCGUCAUUUCCAACGUUUUCUGGUGCCACGCUGCGGAGGCGGCGCUGGAGGCGGCUGCGGCCGGGGACGUCACGCGCGGGGCCGCGGCUGGGGCAUCGCUCGGGGACCUCGAGCGGCGGUGCGGAGAGCAGCUGGAGGACAUGAUUCGGCUCGUGAGGGGCGGGCUGACGGAGCUGCAGCGGAGGUCCGCCGUGGCGCUCAUCACCAUCGACGUGCACAACCGAGACGUGGCCCGCCACCUGGCCGAGGCGCGCGCGGCGUCGCCGGCCGACUUUGCGUGGCAGGCGCGGCUGCGGUAUGAGUUUGAUCGCGACACGGACAUGGUGGUGGUGCGCCACGUCAGCGCCAGGUUUGACUAUGCCUACGAGUACUUGGGGGCCCAGCCGCGCCUGGUGGUGACGCCCACGACAGACAGGUGCUACCUCACGCUCACGGGGGCGCUGCGCCUGCGGCUGGGCGGCGCCCCGGCAGGUCCCGCAGGCACUGGCAAGACCGAGACGGUCAAGGACCUUGGGAAGGCCCUGGGGGCGCAGGUGGUCGUAUUCAACUGCGCAGAGCACCUGGAUCACAGGCACGCAUGCGCGGGGGCGGUGCUGUUGCCUGUGGGGAUGCAGCUGUUCAUGGCCAAGUUCUUCAGGGGGCUGGCCCAAGCAGGGGCGUGGGCCUGCUUUGACGAAUUCAACCGCAUCAACGUGGAGGUGCUGUCCGUCGUCGCGCAGCAGCUGCACGCGCUGCAGUCCGCGCUGCGCACCUGCGCGGAGCGCGUAGUGUUUGAGGGCCGCGAGAUGCGCGUGCUGCCGGGGUGCGGCGUGUUUGUGACGAUGAACCCCGGCUACGCCGGCCGCACAGAACUGCCAGACAACCUGAAGGCCCUGUUCCGACCCGUGGCGAUGGUGGCCCCUGACUGCGCCCUGGUGGCGGAGGUGACGCUGUUUGCCGAGGGGUUCAGCGACGCCCGCCGCCUGGCCGGCAAGAUGACGGCGCUCUACCGCAUCGCGGAGGAGCAGCUCUCCAGACAGGACCACUACGACUUUGGCAUGAGGGCCCUCAAGAGCGUCCUGCUGAUGGCUGGCGCCGCCAAGCGCGCCGCACCAGACAGCGAUGACGAGGACGCGGUGCUCAUCGCCGCCAUGCGGGAUGCCAACCUCCCAAAGCUGACGUCAGAGGAUGGUGUGCUGUUCGAGUCAAUCAUAUCAGACCUCUUCCCGGCGGCCGCCCCGCCCGCGCUGCGCGCCGGCGAGCUGCGGCGCGCGCUGGCGGCGGCGCUGUUGUCCCGCGGGCUGCAGGCGGCCGAGGGGCUGGUGGUGAAGGCCGUGCAGCUGAGGGAGACGCUGGGCGUGAGGUUUGGCGUCAUGAUCGUCGGGCAAGCAGGGAGCGGCAAGACAACCUGCCACGAGGCCCUGCAGGCAGCUCUGAACCUGCUGCAUGGACCCAAGUACUCGCUGCCGGAGGCGCAGCCCUCCCCUCAGCACCACAACCAGCUCUCGGGCGGCGCGGACGAGGCGCCGCCGCUCAGGUCUGCUGUCGAGGUUGUGCUGCUCAACCCCAAGAGCUUGGAGCUGGCAGAAUUGUACGGCAGCUACAACCCCUCGACCGGCGAGUGGCGGGACGGCCUCGCCUCUGCAGUCGUGCGGAGCGCAACGGCGGCGGCUGCAGCAGCCGCUGCAGCGGGCGUGGAGGGGCAGCAGGACUGGGUGGUGUUUGAUGGGCCAGUGGACGCGCUUUGGAUUGAGAGCAUGAACACAGUGCUCGACGACAACUGCAUGCUCUGCCUGCCCAAUGGGGAGCGCAUCCGCCUUGAUCCACGGCGCAUGCGGAUGCUGUUCGAGGUGGAGGGCCUGCAGCACGCGUCACCCGCAACAGUCAGCAGGUGCGGCAUGGUCUACAUGCCGCCCGGCGCCGUCGGGUGGCGACCCUUCGCCCGCAGCUGGCUGCAGGCGCUCCCCCUCAAAGCGGCCACCACCGACGAUGCGGGCUGCGACCCUGACCAGCGUGUGUCGGGUUGGCAGCCGCAGGGGAGCGAAGCCGUGGGCGAGGCCGUACCUCCUACCGACUGCGCUGCUGAGGAUCCCCCAUCUACACCGCCGCAGCCUCGUCAGCAGGAGGACGGGUGCGGCCCUGCGGGGCCACAGCUGGAGCCAGUCCAGGAGUUCCUGUGGUCGCUGCUCGACGCGUGGGUCGACCCGCUGCUGGCGUGGGUGCGCGCGCGCGGCAAGGAGGCCGUCGCGACGGUCGAUGUGGGCUUGGUGCAGGCGGCGGCGACGCUGCUCGGGCGCUUGCUGGAGACCGAGGGGCGGCACUGCCUGGAGACGGGGCCGCUCACAGAUGCCCAGCGGGUAUCCCUGCAGUACAUGACCGCCUACGCCGUCGUCUGGGGCCUGGGAGGCAACCUCGACGCGGCCAGCCGCGACAGCUUUGACCAGGCCGCCAGGAAGCUGCUGAACGGCUCCGCCAACUACCCUGCGGGCGCGGGCACCGUGUUUGACUACCGGCUGGAUGUCAAGAGGUCGGCCUUUGUGCGCUGGGAGGACUGCCUGCCGCCCUUCCACUACGACACCGUGGCCCCCUUCUCAUCCAUUUUCGUGCCCACCGCCGACACCGAAAAGUACGGCGCCAUGCUGCGCAGCUGCCUGGAAGCCGGCCGCCCCGCCCUGCUGGUCGGCGACAGCGGCGCUGGAAAGAGCACAAUCGUGGCAAGCCAGCUGGAGUUGAUGGCCCGGGGCUUCGACGCCGGCGGGGGCUGCGGCGGCCAGGACGGCGGCGGCAGGGGUGUUGCGACGGCGCUGCUGGCUUGCUCGGCGCUGACGGGCUGCGGGACGGUGCAGGGGCUGCUGCAGUCAAAGCUGGCGAAGCGCAGCGGCAGGCUGGAGCCCCUGGAGCCUGGCAAGCAGCUGGUGCUGUUUGUGGACGACAUCAACCUGCCAGCCAGGGAGCAGCAUGGCGCUCAGUCCCUCGCGUGGUGGCCCACCUCGCCCCUCGCCGUGGCCGCCGCCUGCGGCCCGCCCGGCGGCGGCCGCCAGCCGAUGAGCGCGCGGCUGACGCGCCACUUUGUGCAGCUGGCGGUGCCGCCUCCGGGGGAGGCGGGCGUCGGGCGGGUGUGCACGGCGAUCCUGGGCGGAUUCCUUGAGGCUCACUUCACUCCAGACGUCACCAGCCGCAUGCUGGAGCCGCUGGUGGCGGCGAGCGUGGAGGUGUUCCGGCGCGUGUCCUCCUGCCUGCUGCCCACGCCCAGCCGCAGCCACUACGUCUUCAGCCUCAGGGACGUCGGCAAGGCGCUGCAGGGCAUGACCCAGGUCCGGCCCGCGCAGUGCGGCGCCAACGUGCGAUCGGCGCUGCAGCGCCUGUGGCUGCACGAGCACCUGCGCGUCUACGGGGACCGCCUGGUGGACGGCGGCGACGCGGCGUGGCUGCGGGGGGCGCUGCUGGACGUGAUGCGCGCGCGGUUCGACUGCCGCCAGGAGUACGCCGAGCUGUUUGACCCGGAUAAGGAGGUCAUUUUCGGUGACUUCCUGAAACCGGGCGCGCCGCGCGACCAGCGGCCGUACGAGGAGCUACCCUCCGACCCGGCCCGGCUCGCGCGGCUGCUAGAGACAUACCAGGUGAAACGAUAA